CCGUGCUCCUCAGCGCCGCGUACUCUCGCGAGUCAUGGUAGUCGAGAGUUCAGGAGCCUCCAAAUUCGGUUCGGUUGGUUCACGCGUGCGUGCGGGCUCCGUGCGGGCUGCUUCGUGCUGGUGUCGUCGGUCGUUAUCUGAUUACGCGUAGUGCUAAUUGCGGGAGAUAAAAUAGUUGUGCGAGACAAGAGAGAGGAGACAGCUCGGCAGCAAUAUGAUGCAAUUUAUGUUGCUGUUCAGCCGCCAAGGGAAGCUGCGCUUACAGAAGUGGUACGUCGCGCAUCCGGAUAAGCUGAAGAAAAAGAUCACGCGCGAACUGAUCACCACGAUACUCGCACGAAAGCCGAAAAUGUCGAGUUUCCUAGAAUGGAAGGACGUUAAGGUUGUUUACAAAAGAUACGCCAGCUUAUACUUUUGCUGCGCGAUCGAGCAGAACGACAAUGAACUGCUGACACUGGAGAUUAUACAUCGAUACGUUGAAUUAUUGGAUAAGUAUUUUGGCAGUGUAUGCGAGUUGGAUAUAAUUUUCAAUUUCGAAAAGGCAUACUUUAUCUUAGACGAGUUGCUUGUCGGUGGGGAGAUUCAAGAAACUAGCAAAAAAAAUGUAUUGAAAGCCAUCGCUGCCCAGGACCUGUUACAGGAGGAGGAGACCCCCCAGGGAUUCUUCGAAGAUCACGGAUUGGGAUAAUAUUCUUUAAGCCAAUACGCGUGCUUCUUCGUAAGUCUACAUUCCCAUACACAAUUAUAUUUUACCAUUCUACAUUUUCAUUAAAUGCAAUUCCCAUGUCAGUUGAAACUUAAAAAAUUGAAAAAGAAAACAGAAAAAGGUAUAUAUGGAUAUUUUUGGCGUGCAGACAUAUUUCCAAUUUAUAAAAUUUAUUAUUUUAAUGAUGCAUAGUGUAAAUUAAGGAGUCCAACAUUUUUUUAGCCUAGAACUUUUGGCUUUAAACAAAAUACAUAUAUUUGCGCAUGUGUUUUUCAAGUAUUUACAUAAUUCUGUCAAAUCGACUGAAUGACAAUGGCAAUCAGGUGUGUUUGAAACACGCCGUCUAUCUCACAUAUAUUUUGUUUAAAGCGAAUGUAAUUUGAAAAUUUCGUGGCAUUACGAUCUGUUGAUUGAGUGAAGAAAUGACAGGAUAUUUAAACGUUAUGAGCGAGAGAGGUAACACAAUUUUUUAUAUCUUACCAAAAAUUCCGAAAAAUGUAAUUUUGUAGUU